ACCAGACUUCGUAAGUGUAACACAGCUUUGAUACCAUCGUCUUCGUCGUAAUCUCUCUUUCUUUCUCUCUCUAACUGUAGAGAAAAAAACAAAUGGGUAAAGGAGAAUUGCACAUAACCGUACCCAACCUUUUCAGGUGUCCGAUAUCGAUGGACGUGAUGAGGUCUCCCGUAAGCCUCUGCACCGGCGUCACAUACGAUCGAUCGAGCAUUCAGCACUGGCUGGACGCCGGUCACGACACGUGUCCCGCCACCAUGCAAACGCUUCCUUCCAAGGAUUUCAUCCCCAACCUUACUCUCCGCCGUUUGAUUAACCUCUGGGCUCAAACGCACGGUCCUCCUUCGCCGUCCUCUUCUCCUUCUUCUCGCUGCAUCUCCGAACAACAGGCUCGGACUCUGGUUCAACAUUUGGAGAAUCACAACGAGAGUCCGAAAGUGUUCGUCGUUGACUGCUUGUCCGCCAUUGUCGAUUUUGCGAGCUUCGGGGAUGAGAACCGCAGAAUCGUGGCGAAAUUUGAGAAUUUGGUUUCGGCUAUCGUCGGCGUUUUGUGCAGGGGAAGUGCGGAUAUGGAAAUUAUGGAGUUGUGUGUUAGGGUUUUGGAUUUGAUUUCGAUGGAAAAUUCAGUCAGGAAAGAGGUUCACGCAUCGGUUUCGAAGCGAUUCCAGAUUUUUCUUACCACGAUUCGCAUGUUCUUGAGGAACGGGAGUACGAAAUCGAAAAUCGAAUCGGCUAAGGUUUUGAAAUUGAUCGCGCUCGACGCCGAAUCGAAACGCGCAAUCGCCGAAAACAGCGACCUCCUCAACGAACUCCUCCAACUCAUCCGUACCGAAUCCGAUUUCGUUCUACACGACGCCGUUUACUCAUGCCUGAUCGAAGUUUCAAUAACUCGUUCAACCAAAGCAGAGCUCGUCGGAUCAGGACUCGUGGAUCUCCUAACGACGACGCUCUCAAACCGAAACUCCCCAAAACCGGCGGCCGAAAAGGCUCUGAAGCUGCUCUCAAUCGUGUCGACAACGGCGGAGGGAAGAUCAGCUAUCGGAGUAGACUGCAGGUGCGCGAUCGCGAUAGUGGAGAGAAUGAUGAAGGUGUCGAGGGCGGCGACGGAGGACGCAGUGGCUGUGGUGUGGAGCGUGUGCUGCUUGUUGGGGGAGAGGAAGACGAAGGAGGCGGUGGGGAACAGCAAUGGAGUUACGAAGAUUCUGAUGGUGAUGCAGAGUGGGUACUCCGAAGGUCACAGAGUGAGGACUAUGUGUUUGGAAUUGCUUAGGGUUUUGAGAAUUGGAUCUUCAUCUUCAUCGUCUUCUUCCUUCGAUGGAUUUGGAUUUGGGAUUGGGAGUUAUGUCAGCAAUACAACUCAUAUAAUGCGUUGUUAGUUUUGUUGUUCUUUCCUUUUUGGGUGUGAAUUAUGGAGGGAAGAAGGAAAGGUUUAUUUUUGUAAUUUUUUUUAGGAUAUAAUUAAAAUGUUAUAAAGAUAUGAGAACCAAACAAAAAAGAAAUUUCUUUUUCGUAAA